CCGGAAUUGCAGUAUUUAGAAAUUCGGAGAGUUGGUGUUGUCGCAAACGCUAUCACUCUUUCCUUUAGCUUGUUCCGUUAGUUCUCCCUCCCGCCACCCAUAUCUGAUAACCCCAGUCCAUGAAAUAAAAUUUUGUGAUAUUUGUAUGGAGAGGGAUGGGGGGAGAAGGAACGGCCGCGGAGGGCGGGGGAAUUAAGAACACCGGUGGAGGGUGUUUGGAGCGGAGUUCAACGACGUCGAAGUAGCCAAUGAGGAUUAUGACGGUUUAUUUUGUUGAAGUUAUUAGUGUGACUGAUAAAGGAGAAUUUAGUAAAUUUACAUUUUAAGUUAGGGCGAUAAUAAUAAAACUAGGGCGAUGUUUAGCCAUCCAGUUUAUUUAAGUACAUAAUUAAACGAUAAACCCUUUCCUCAAUGGGGCAUUCCUUGAGAGAUAAUCAAAACAUAUGAUUCAAUUCAAUACAUAAUUUUUGUUUACCAUAGUUCAAGCUAUCCACGACUUUUUCGUUAUACACAAUUGAUUUCAGUACAUGAUAUUUUCCCCACCAUUUAAACAUUCUUCAAUUGUUUUGACAAUUGAAGAUUCCUUGACCCUUUGAUCAUGAAGAAGGAAAAGUAGAAUGUGGAGAAAAAGUGGAGAGAAUCAUAAUGUUUCCCUUGUUUAUGAGAUUUGCUAAGUUAUAUGAGUGAUUAUUUGGGGGGGAAAAAAUACGAUAGCAGUUGCCUCUCAAUUUGGAGUAAAAACAACUAUUAUCUCUUAUUGAGUCUAUUUUCCCCUCUUUUCUUCUUUAAAAAAUUAACAUUAUUUUCCCCUCAUUAUUUUUCCAUUCUCAAAUAUUCACUCCUAAUUGUCCUGCCCCUCCCAAUGUUUUCCUUCCCUCCUUUCUUCCUUCGAAAAUGAAUACUAUUUUGAGUACUUUCCCCUCAUUAUUUUUUCAACCUCAAAUUGUCCUUCCCCUCGCAAUUUUUUUCCUUCUCCCUCUCUUCGGUGACACAGCGUGAAGAUGAUCAAAAUACACUAGUAAGAUGUUUUCCCCACGAUUCUAGCUUUCCUCAAAUCUUUACUGACAAUUCAUGCUUUUCGCAAUUUCAAACGGACUUCUCUUUUAUUUUCAGCAUCAUUUGCAGGAAAUGGUUAAGGAAGCAGCAAGAGAUGUGAUAUACGAAAUGAUCGGUAAUAAUAAAUGAAGGAGAUUGAAAUUACUUGUCUUUGGAGCCCAACAAAAGACUUAGUGAGUCAGAAAACUGUGUAUCCUCUCACUCAACUUCAGAUCACAGGCUUGCCAAUCACACAAGCAUGGCGGAUUGGCGGGUGUUUUGUUCAUAAAUAGACGUCCAAAAAUAGAGGAUAAAUAGUCACUGAAUUUGCUGCUCCUUCCCGCCCUUUUUUCCGACUGUUCUAGAAGGCAGGGGAGAAGAGCAGUGUGAAGUGGUUAAAUAAUGGCAGCCCUAAUGGGAUCAAAUCAAGGAUGGUGGACGAACUCGGUCAUGCUGCAAGAAGGGUUCUUCAAGCUUUCGCAUUCGUAGUGAAGUCAGUGCAAGUCUGGCAAUUGCAGUCUGAGAAGCGGCAGAUUUCACAGCCAAAGCACACGCAGGAAGUGCAUCCCUUGCACGUCGGAGAGCGGGAGCAGCCUCUGUACACCUUUCGACUUGCUCUCUCCUCAUCGUCAUCACAUGUUAGCCUGCCAACAAAACGAGGAUAUCAGUCGAAGAAACUGAAGCAGAAGGCCACGCAAGGACCGAAUUCAAUCCUACAUUGUCAACCUAAGCUUUUUAUGAUGUCCUUUGCUGGAAAACAAUGGGGUUUUAAGUCAAAUUGAGCAGACUAGCUCAGUGCUUAUGUUCAUAGCAUUCGAAAUCAUAAAUCUCAUAGUUCUCUGGAGCCUGGACCAGUUCCAGCCACCACCGUGGAAAUUUCUGUUGUAGCAUACUCCAACAGGAUUACUGGUGGCAACAAAAUCGUCUAAGGGUCUGAAAUUUUACAUCAUCCAUUAUUGCAGAGAGAAAGGAAAAAGGAAACAUGCCAUUAUAUGUCGUCCAAUUAAGUUGGUAGCUCCAAAGCAACUGCCUUUCAUGGCUCUGGUUAUGGGCCGAUCAUUUAAAAAUCUCCAACAAAGAUUUAAUAUCAUUGCCAACUUCUAUAGUCCAGGAAAACCUUGUAUGAGGAACCAAAUUAUGAGAAACACUAGCCUUUAUCUGACACAUAUUCCUGGAACUCUUGCAUCCAGCGACAUAAGUCAUAAUUUUCCAUGUAAAGGUGAAAAAGGCAGAAGUCAUACUAUAUGUUCUAUUCAUAGCAUAUAAGGUCUUAGUGAAUGUUAACAAGAGAAAGAAACUGCCUGCAAAAUG